AUGGCCUUCGCGACGCCGUCCCCGACCCUGUUUGUCGGCAACCUCGAGACAAAGACGAAGAAGCCGGAACUCAGGCAGCAGCUGUAUGCGCUCUUCACGCCGUAUGGACGAGUGAUCGACAUUGUCGCGAAGAAGCAUGACGGAGGACGAGGACAGGCCUUCAUCGUGUUCGAGGAGCAGGCCGCGGCGACGGCAGCUCUGCGUGGACUGAACGACACGCAGUUCUACAAUCGGGACAUGCAUAUCGCGUACGCGAAGAACCCGUCCAAUGCGACGCUUGCGCGCGAGGAUCCGUCCAAGUCAAAGGAGGCGCGGGCGAUCGAGGCUGCGCGCGUGACAAUCUCCAAGGCGCAGGGCGAGUACGAGCAGCUGGAGCGCGAGAAGGCAGGCGGGAUCAAUAGCAAGCGCGCGCCCGAUGCCGAUGUUGAGGACCGCGCGUCAAAGAAGGCCAAGACGGAAGACGACGACGACAUGGAGAUCGAGAUGGAGGACGACGACGACGUGAAUGUCUCGGUGCUGUGCUCGAAUCUCCCCGCCGAGUGCAAUGAGGCCAUCAUGGGCGCCCUCUUCUCCCAGUGA